CAAAAGAACAUAGUAAAACAGAAGUUUUAUAAAUGAAGUGGUGUGGAGAGGGCCUAAAUUAACAUAAACAUGAAAUACAAGGAAAUCUCCCACUGGAGCCACCCCCACCAAGGCCUGAAAUUCGGGUACGCGGAGGCGCCGUUCAAAUGCGACGGGUGCAAGGAAGUAGGGAUCGGGUCCUCCUACAAGUGCGACGGUGCAGCCUGUGAUUUCGAUCUCCACAGUCACUGCGCCAUCCCCUCCCCGACCCUGGUGCACCCCUUCUACCCCAAGUGCGCCUUCCAGUUCCUCAGCCGGCCCCCGGGGACGGAGGCGCGUUGCUGCAACGCGUGCGAGAGGCGGGUGACGGGGUUCGUCUAUCACUGCAAGCUGUGUGGGUUCGACCUCCACCCUUGUUGCGCUAAGCUGCCCAUGCUGCACCACGACGCCGAUAUCAAAUUAUUUUUGUACGCUAAAGUUACCGCUCCCUGCCACAGAUGUGGAAGGAAGGGGAGGAGUUGGAGCUAUAGAUCAUCAUGCAAGAAGUACAACCUUCAUGUGGCGUGCGUGAUGGACAUGUUGGUGGACAGCUGGCACGACCUGUACAACGGCAACGGCAACAGCAACAGCAACAGCGGAGUGCGGCAAAUCCCUAGCCUCAAAGCCACGCUGGAGACUCAUGUGAAUCACACCAAAUCCAAAGGCGGCAAAGCUAAAAAAUGUUGCGAGAUGGCGGGACUCGCCCUACAAUUUGUGGUGUCUGCUAUUCUAGGGGAUCCCACCACCCUCAUCGCUGGCCUCAUCGCAUCCUUGAUGUCCAGAUAAAUAAGACUAUUAUCAAACAAUGAAAUUCGAUGCUUAUUAAUAUUUAAUGAUUUAUGUA